AUGCUUCUCAUAUUUCUAAUUUUUAUAUCGAUUGCUCAAUGUGCACAAGAAUUGAGUGAUAUUGAGAAAAUUGAGCAAGCUUAUGAUUGUGAUCCCAAAUGCUGGUUCCGUGAAGCCGAAGUCAACUCAUCUACAAUAACACAGUGGCCUGUGAACUGUACCGAAGUAUGUGGAAUUAUGAAUUUCAAUGCCGGAUCUGACCUCCCCGUGUUCGAACUACAGACUUAUUUUAAAAAUUUGAGAGUUUUGAAAGGAGUUCUUCAAUUUUCAUAUACAAAAUACGCGAGUAUCGAGUUUCUUUUGAGCUUAGAGGAAAUUCAUUGCGAUGCAGUAACGCUCGGUGUGUCAUUCUCAUUCAAUUCAAAUCUUGAAGUGCUAAACUUUAAUAACCUGACAAAUAUAACAUGCGAUUUUUAUGCUUAUAACAACACAAUCUUAGAUGGAACGGAGUUUUGUGAUCGAUAUGCAGACCUUGCUCUAAUGUUUGUAUACAACAAUUUUAAAAAUUGCAAAGGAUGCGUUUCUGAUCAACUACACUCAACUGAACUUGACAAAUUCCGAGGGUGUACGGCAAUAGUGAAUACAAUGUUUUUCAUGUUUUUCAACGUUUAUACCACCCAACCACCUAUUGAUUUAUCCCCUCUUAGUGAUAUUCAAAACAUCAGUGGUUGUCUCAAUUUCUACUCGACCGAUUUGCAUGACUUUUCUUUUUUCGAAAAGUUGGAAAAUAUCAAGUCAAAUAAAUAUGCAAAUGUGGACAUUAAUAUUUUCGAAAGUUAUAAUCUUACAAGAUUCCGCAUGCCAGCUUUAAAAACUAUCGAAACAACCAGAGACAACUUUAUAAUAAACGUGGAAAAAGUUCACGACGACUUUUGUUUCACGCCCUCCGAAAUGCUCUUUUUCUUGAAAAAUGAAGUGAUAUUCAGUAAAAUUGAAGCGAAAAUUUGUCAAAACGUGACGGAAGAGGACGGCGAAGACGAUUGUAUUUUCGAUGGAAUGAGCAAACUUGAUAACAAUUGCAGCGAUGUAUUAGGGAAAAUAACGAUAGGCUCUGGAGAUGAAGCAUAUGUUGAAAAACUGAGAAAUGUGAAAAAUAUCUAUGGAGGAAUAAGGAUUGAGAACACGAACUUGACAAACUUGGAGUUUUUGGGGAGUUUGGAAUAUGUUGCAAGCUUGAAUGAUUCUGCCGUUCCUUUUCAAAUAAGCUCAAACAAGCUUCUACAGAAUGCCAGCUUACCCAAUUUGAAGCGAGUAUUUUCCACAAGCAGAUAUCAAAUCGGAUUUCAAGAGAAUGGAAAUGAUUUUCUCAACUCGACUGCUUGUCUUUUCCUUAUGAAUCAAUUAUUUUUGACAAACGUUGUUUUUGAUGGAAAUGAGUGUGAAGCCAUUGACAGAACCAAUCAGAACAAUGGUGCCAAUUGGAUUUUCAGAUUGAAUUUUUUUAUUUUAUUGUUAUGGGUUUCACUCUAA